UGAUAAAGCGAGAUCAGUCCUUUCGGUGGAGGUGUCCCUCGAAUGCAGGGCCUCUACUGUGAAGGAGUGCCAAGUGUUGGGAAGGAACUCCGCGCGUGCAUAAGGGAUAACCGCGCGUGACCUCUUCGCUCCAGCGGAAGGCGAAAGGCUUAAUUUGGCUUGAGUCGAAGAUUUUUGCUGUUUCCCUGACGGUUUUAUUCGCGGCCAGCAAAAGUGACAAAAAAAAAUGUUAAUUUAAUAUUCACAGCGCAUAUCCGCCAAGAGUGACAAAUAGUGGAAAGAGAGAGUGGAUUCGUUUGCGUUCGGAUUUCAGAGGAGAAUAGGAGCAGUUUGGUGCGAAGAAGUUUGAAUCCCGUUCCGAUCAACCACUGUUCGGGGGUUCAAAAUGGGCUUACCGGUGAUCAGGUUAACAGCUUUAAUAUCCGCGUUAGUUGUGGUCCAUUCACAAUUCCUGGCCUUCGAUCAGCAUGCCCCAGAGUGCGCUCUCUACGUCAGCGGCCCCGGCAAAUCAUCUGCCUUCGACUAUAAUCUGAAUCUGUUCCGCGGAACGGCAUCUCCGUUGCACACAGAUCCGACGUCAUGCAUCACGUACGACGCCAUCAACCAGGCCUACUUGGAUGCUCGCAAACGCAUCCGCGUUUCACAACCAAAGGGUGACUGGAAAACCGAGGACAUUGCCACCGUUGGCGAACUCCUGUUGGACAUUUCCAUCCAACUCGCCAGAACAUAUGGCCUCUCGUACGAAGAGAUCGAAAAGGGUCUGCCGUCCAUCGACACUGCCAAGACCCUGAUCCGUGAAGUGUGUCCAGCGUUUUUGGCCGGAGUCGAGUGCCGUCCGGGCAAGUACCGCCGCGUAGAUGGUCUGUGUAACAAUCUGAAACACCCGACCUGGGGAGCUGCCAUGACACCGUUCCAGCGUCUGAUCGGUCCACUGUACUCCGACGGAAUCAACGCUCCGAGAAUUUCCGUUACCGGUCAUGACCUGCCACUGUCUCGCGUCGUGUCACGCACCAUCCAUCCCGAUGAAGGCUACCACGAUCACGCCGGUACCGUGUUCGUCAUCGCGUGGGGACAGUUCAUGGAUCACGAUUUCACCCUCACCGGAACUCCCCUCGAUCCCAUCAACCGUAAUGAUCCCGAAGAGUGCUGCAAGCGCCCACCCCAUCUCAAGCACCCCUAUUGCAACGAAAUUCCCAUCCCAGACGAUGACUACUUCUACCGGCUGUUCAACGUCAAGUGUAUCGAUUUCGUUCGAGGCUUCCCCUCUCCUCGCGCUGGAUGCCGCCUCGGAUCGCGCCAACAGUUCAACACUCUCACCUCGGUCAUCGACGGCAACACGAUCUACGGAGUUAACGAGAAGUUCACCCGCAAACUGCGUACCGGCUACAACGGUCUGCUCCGCAUGAACCCCGUCUUCGCUGAGUACGGUCUCAAGGAUCUCCUGCCCCUGAAGUUGGACGUCCCCGAUGAGGGUUGCAACCGCCCGAACAAGAGUAUGUUCUGCUUCGAAGCCGGCGAAAUUCGUGUCAACGAACAGCUGGUCCUGACUUGCAUGCACACUCUGUUAGCUCGCGAACACAAUCGCAUCGCUACGGAGCUGGGCCGCAUCAACCCGCACUGGGACGACGAAACCCUCUUCCAGGAGACCCGUCGCAUCAACAUCGCCAUCAUCCAACACAUCACCUACAAUGAAUUCCUCCCGAUUCUACUCGGCAAGGAAGUGAUGGAGAAAUUCGGACUGCUCACACCGAAGGAAGGAUACUGGGAUGGAUACGACGAGAACGUCAACCCAGCCAUCAUCGAUGCCUUCGCCGCCGCUGCCUUCCGUUUUGGCCACUCGCUGCUGCCGACGGCCAUCGAACGUUGGUCCAAGGCUCACAAGUUCAUCGCUUCCAAGCGUCUGUCCGAUCUGAUCCGUCGCCCGUACGAUCUGUACCGCGCCGGCGUGUACGACGAGUACCUGAUGGGCCUGAUGAACCAGGUUGCUCAAGCUAUGGACGACUCGAUUACCCAGGAAGUCACCAACCAUCUGUUCAAGAAGGAAGGUGCCCGUUUCGGUAUGGAUCUGGUGUCGUUCAAUAUGCAGCGGGGUCGCGAGUUUGGCGUCCCUGGUUACAUGGAGUUCAAAAAGUUCUGUGGACUGCCAACGGCCGAUAACUUCCAGGACCUGUUCGGAUCUAUGCCAAAUGAGACCGUUCGCCGUUACGAGAGCAUCUUCGAACACCCAUCGGACGUCGAUCUGUGGUCGGGUGGUGUAUCCGAACGUUCGCUGCCGGGAUCGAUGCUGGGACCUACCUUCGCGUGUAUCAUUGCCACCCAGUUCAGCUACGUGCGCCGCGGUGAUCGAUUCUGGUACGAGCUGCCGAAUCAGCCGUCGUCUUUCACCCCCGAACAGCUGCAGGAGGUCCGCAAGGCCAAGCUGGCGCGCCUCAUCUGCGACAACACCGAUCUGAUCGACACGGUGCAAAUCUACCCGAUGGUGUUGCCCGAUCAUGAAAUCAAUCCCAGAGUGCCAUGCAAGAGCGGAAUCCUUCCUUCGAUCGAUUUGACCAAGUGGGCCGACUACGGUCAGGAAUCUCACUCGCCUCAUCAAUAUCAAUUUUUGAACGAGUUACCUGAGAACACUGGCUUCAAGAAAUAAACUCAUCAACGCGCUAAAAACCUCCAGGUUUCAACAACUGGACGAAUGAUGAGAGGGUAACGCAUUAUGAAGUCAAAGCAACACACGAGAGAAAAUGAGAGUGAGAGUGAGCAACAAACGAUGGCCCAUCAGAGAGAAAGCGAUAGAGCGAAAGAAAGAGGAAAAACAAACGGGAUAAAACCAUUUCAGAGAUUAUAAGUUAGAUAAUUCAUAUUAUUUUUAUUUUUUCGUUUUAGUAAGCCGAUCUUUGCACACUGAUGUACCUUUUUAUCUUUCCAUUUUCUUCAAGUCUUUCUCUCAAUUUCGAUUUUUUAUCUGUUGAUCCUCAUUGUAUUAUACACAUUUUUACAUGGUCACCACGGCACCUGCACAAUCCACAAUAAUACCACUAGAAAGGUUAUGUUCAACAUUUUCCAAUCAACCAUUCGUCAUCUUCCUUUUUUUUUUGUUAUUCACUUUCUGUUUGUUAAUGUUAUGGAAAUUGUAAUGGAAAUUAUGUACCACCUUCAUUUCAAAAGUAUUUUCUACGUUUUCCUUAUAUUGUUAUAAAUUUUUAGUACUCGAAAUUUUAAAACAACGAGCAUUUAGUACCAGAUAAACUGCUAUUACACAAAAACGCUUUCCUUCUCUAUCCUUUUCCUUCUUGAAAUUUUAUUUGCAAACCGCGUGACCUCUACCAGCGUUUCCCGCUUCGCUUGAAACCAGUUUCCCUGGUUGCGCAAACCCAUGCAGUGCGAAAAUGGUCGCGUCUUUCUGAAGCUACUCAAUAACUAGCCCAAUAAUAGCAACCGACAGUAAUGCACUUCACAUCGCGAGGCUGAGCUGUCAUGUGCGCUAUUAAAAGCUUUUCUCGACGCAACGAUUGUCGUUAUCGUAAAAUGGAUAACCCUCCCCGUUUUGCCAUGUGGGAAUAAAUAUUUUCCGAAGAUUUGAAGAGUGAGAAAGACGAUGAUACUGGUUUUCAAACGCGGAAACUUGCGGUUCUGGCGAUCUUGCGUCCUACAGCAACGAAGGGGAAAGUUCAAUAUGUUUCCCGCGCAGUGGAGAGAAAUUUUUUUCGCACCAAAGGUUAAAUUGCUGGAUAAUGAGGUGCAGUAGGCGUUUGCUAAUUAUCUGCCUUUAGCUUUAUUAGUUCUGUAACAGCUUUGUUUCUGAGGACAAUCUUAAAAAAAAUGUAGAAAGCAUUACAGCCAGCCAAAAUUGAAAACAAUCGCUAUUCAAUCCAAAUGUAAUAGUCUAGGAAAUUUUUUAACUUACUGGUAGCCAUUUUCUUCUUGUUUUUGUGUAAUAUUUAUGUAAAUAAUAAAACUUUUAAGUAUCAUUAAA